ACAGUGGGCAGGGUGUGGCCUGGUGUGGGCGGGGCCGGGGGUAUAAGAUGCUCUACCCGCAGGUGGCCCCCAACUCACCUGAGGACCAGACACCCGGACACACGAUGAGUACGUUUGCAGUGCUCAUGCACCUCGUCUUCUUUUCGUUAACGACGGCGAUGCCAGACCCAUCGAUGCCCCCCCCGUUCCCCCCCGACAACGACCAGUUCCCCCCCUUUCCCCCCGAGAACGACCAGUUCCCCCCCUUCCCCCUACCUCCCGGGAUGGAGGAUCUUGGGGGGAAGAGCUUUGAGGGGGGCAUGGGGCAGAACGUCAGCCUCCCAGGGGAGCAGACGGAGGCGUACUGCCAGAUGCUGCUGGACUCCCCGGUCCCGCUGCCAGCCGACCAGGUGCCCUGGUUCUGCAUCUGCUUCCACUGCCAGGGGCGCCACGGCCCCAAGGGAGACCCUGGGGAGCGAGGACUUUCAGGAAGCCCGGGGAGCGCUGGCAGGAGAGGACUGACCGGGGUCAGCGGUCCGCCGGGGUACACGGGGCGACAGGGAAUCAAAGGACAGAAGGGAGACGAGGGCCUUAAAGGAGACGGUGGUCCUGAGGGCCCCCUGGGGCCUAAAGGACAGAGAGGAUAUAAAGGUGACAAGGGGGAGGCCGGCUUGGAGGGGCGGACGGGGGAGCCGGGGGGCAAGGGGGACGACGGUGUGUGUCCCGAGACCUGCGCGCCCGUGGAGGGGCCCGCAGGAGGACCCGGACUCCCGGGGUCCACCGGGCCUCGAGGGCUGCCGGGCACCGGGGGUAAAGGGGGGGACGGGGGCCCCAAGGGAGACCAGGGCGACCUGGGACCCCAGGGGGCGCCCGGGGAACCGGGGCGCCGGGGCGAGGCGGGGCCGCAGGGAGACUGCUCCUGUGACGACGGGGCGGUCGGCCCCCCGGGGGAGAGCGGGCAGAAGGGGGAGGGGGGGGCGGACGGCCCCUCCGGCUCCAGGGGCGGGACGGGGGAGCCGGGAGCCAAGGGUGAACUGGGGGAGAUGGGGGUGAGGGGGGUCCCGGGGCCCUGCAUGCCGGCCAUCCAGUCGUCCUUCGCCAUGGGCCUGGCCGCCUCCUUCCCCCCUCCCGACGCCCCCGUGGCUUUCACUCGGGUCCUCGACAACAGGCAGGGCCACUACGACCCCCUGGGGGGCAUCUACACCGCCCCCGUCAACGGCACCUACGUCUUCAGCUACGCCCUCACGGUGUACAGCCGCAUCCUGAAGGUGGGCCUGUUCCACAACUACGUGCCCCAGGUGAAGACCACCCACCCCGCCCUGCUGGGCACCGCCUCCCACCAGCUGGUGCUGAACCUGGUGCAGGGCGACGGGGUGUGGCUGCAGGUCAGGGACCAGAUGACCAACGGCAUGUACGCCAGCAGCGAGACCAGCAGCACCUUCUCGGGCUACCUGCUCCACCCCGACACCUGCUACAUGCCUGAGCUCAGGCAGCCGCUGUACCCCGCCGUCGCCGUGACGAGGGGCCCCUACGAGUGGGGCACCCUGCCGGGCGGCCCCGGCCCGAACGCGACCAUCAGCUCGGAGCCGACGGAGGUCACCCCUGUCGAGUGACCGAGCGACACCACGAGGGGGGACCCAGUCGUCGCCCCACCAGCGGACCCCGUCGUUGGUUCAAACGCUCCCUGGGAGGCUGAGCGAGAGCUGCCUACAGAGUCAGGUGCUUAGCAGCACCUGUGGGUCUGAGGAGGAUCAACCUAGAAUAUAUUCCGCUGUUCAUUCCAACUUUUUUCUCUGCUGGCCAAAGCCUUUAAUGAUUCAUGUUUUUUUUCUGUAUAGCCUCCUUUCAUGUGUGUGUUUCUUUCGGAGUAACAGCAUUAAAGAAAGACGUUCUCACCAAGCCUUCGCAAAA